UGGCGACGGUCGAGAGGGUUUUGGAGGCCAGAGCGGAGCUGGAUUUGACCAACAGAGGCGGAUUAGAGGCUUGAAUCCCCUCAUAUCCAACAAAACUCCUGAAAUGGACACUGAGGUGACAGCGUCCUCCUCAUCGAGCAUUGUCUCAUCCUCCGUUCCGCAGACUUCGACCGGUCAGGCCAGCCUGGCAGCAAAACAGCGAGACAGCAGAAAGGCCACAACUCCUGCCUUCCUGUCCAACUUGGGCCGGGCCACCCUGCGGGGCAUUCGCAAAUGCCCUCAGUGCGGCAUCUACAAUGGCACCCGUGGCCUCAGCUGCAAGAACAAAGCCUGCGGGGUGUCACUGAGAAAUGCCUCAGCGGCAGGCCGAAGCAACAAGAAGUGUGCGGUGGAGGUGGUGAAGGUGAUCAUUGACAGCGAGGAGAGAGGAGUGAAGGAGCCCGAGGGAGGAGGGGGAGUCCUGGGCGGUGGCUCAGGUGGGGGAGCACAGGUGUUUUCAGUGUGCCACAGAGGAAGAGGGGCCACGGCGACACAGUGGGGCUUCGUUGAGCUCGUUCCCACUGAUACUGCCAUAGCAACUACGGACGGGGCCACCCUGCUCACCUGCAUUAAUUUGGGCCGCUGUUUUUUGCCCUCUUGUAGGCAGGGUCAAAGGUCAAAUCAAGGCGAGCCAGAGUCGGCGGCGGCGGUCAAGCAGUCCUCCGACAGCCUGUGCAUCCACAUCAAGCAAGCCAUCGAAUGUCGGAACCGUGCGACGCCGCUGACCUUAAAGAGCUCCAUCCUGGAGGGCUUGCAGGCCUCCAUUCAAGCCAGAGAGGAGCUGUGGAGGCUGGCCACGGAGUCUCCUGGGCCCCUGGUGCAGCGUGUCUCCAAAGACACCCUGGUGGUGAAGUGCCACACAGACUCCCACCAUCCUCUGGGCCUGCUGCAUCUCACUGUGGGUGCAGGGGGGCUGUCCGAGGCCUUAAAGAGUGACAAAAGUGUUUUUCAUUGCGCCUGCCAGGUCAGCACAAAAAGAAACAAACCUGAUGGAGCAGGUGGGUCGGUCAGCUCUCACCCUUCUCCCAGCUCAGCCACAUCCCAGCCCUGCCUUCACUUCUACGCCUGCGUGUGUGCCUUCGCAAGUGACGAGAAGCUGGCGUCCGAGUUUGCAGCUUUCAUCAACUUCACCUCCAGCGGUGUGCAGCAGAAUGCUUCCUGUAGAAUAAUAAGUCCCGGUGAGAAGCCUCUGCAGCAGUCCGAACCCCUCAACUCUCAUCUCAAAACCAAGAAACUUCGCCAGGAGGACUCUGUCUUUGCCCCCUCAGUGGCCUCUCCCUCUGGACUGGUGAAGGAGGGAGUGUCGGCCUCCGUCCUGAGGAAAGCUGCUCAGAGGAAAGCCCCUGGUGCUGGUGGGCUGAAGGCUCCAGGUGCUGCCUCCCUGCCUGCUCACCGAGUCCUCCCCUCUGCCUGCCUCUUCGUCUUUCUUAAAAAAGUUGUUUUCUGUUUGUCUUUUCCAUCAGGGAAACCACAGCCUCUGGUUUAUCACAUUCCCCAAGAGUUCUUCAACGCUCUGCAACAGCGUCUCUCGCUCGGAUCGAAGAAGAGGAGACUGCCCAACUUCACAACAGCGUUUGUGAGAAACGACGGCCUUCCUCUGGGCUCUUUCUCCAAGUACACUUGGCACAUCACCAACCUGAUGCAGGUCAAACGCAUCUUUGACACUCCCGAGUUGCCGCUUGAGGUCACUCAGAGUUUUGUGAAAAACGUGGAUGGUUCUUACUCACGUUUCCGCUGCCCCGAGCCGCCGCCUGAGCCAGAACUACCGGAGGGAUACAGGACAGAUCGGCCGCAGGCGAUACGACCGAUGGAGCUCCGCACCUUCCUCAAAGUUGGCACAGCAGAUCAGAAGGAGGCCACUCCGUUUGUGAUUGAGUGGAUCCCUGACGUUCUUCCCCGCUGCCAGAUGGGAGAGCUCAGGAUCAGCUUUGAGUUUGGCCACCAGCAGAGCGGUCAGCCGGAGUUCUACGAUAAAAUGAGCACAGCAGAGAAAGGAGGCCGCAACAAGUCAGACUCUGUCCAACCCAAACACACCAAGGCUGUGGAGAUUCUUCAGGUAGUGGUCUAGUAGCCCUCCAUGCUCUUCCUUAUCACACAGCGUUAACAUCUGCAAUAAUCAGCCACAGAUAUACUGUAUGUGACAUAUACCCAUGUAUAAUACUGUUAUUAUUAUUAUUAUUAUGCAAUUCAUGGAUAAUCAAUGGCCACGUGAACUACACAGUAUACUAUAGAACAGCAGCAUGUUUGGACAGUCUAGUCUGUAGUGGAGUGCUCAUCCUAAUGCUAGGUAUUUAUAUUCUCAACAUGAAAAACAAAAAGAAGUAUAUAUUUUUUAAAUAAAAUGUAUUUUUAAAUUUUUUUUCCCAAUUGUGAUCAUGCAAUCAGUGUUAUUAAAACACCACAAAACAAAAUCAUUUAUGAAGUACAUCCUGUAUCCUGUUUGUUUGGGUGUGUACACAUUAGGAAAAUAAAACAUAUUUAAUACUUAAAA